GUGAGCCCGCCCAGGCAGAGCUGCUUUGUUACGUUUGAGGACAACUCCAAGUUCUGGGUCCUCUGGAAGGACAUCCAACACGCUGGCGUGCCAGGGGAGGAGCCUCGCUGCUCUGUGUGCCGGGAGGCGGAGCCAGACUCUGACAGCCAAUCAAACAACCGGAUCCUCAUCUGUGGGAAAUGUGGCAUCGGUUUUCACCAGCAGUGCCAUGUUCCUGCUGUUGAGGGCAGCGUCAGUCUCAGUCCCUGGUUCUGUAGACGCUGUGUCUUUGCUCUAGCUGUCAGGAAAGGCGGAGCCCUGAAGAAAGGUCUGAUAGCCAGAGCCCUGUCCUCCAUGAAGCAGGUCCUGCUGUACGACCUGGACUCUCUGGACUGGGACUCUCAGCACCGGACCAAUCAGCAGCAGUGUUACUGUUACUGUGGUGGUCCUGGAGAGUGGUACCUGAAGAUGCUGCAGUGUUUCCGGUGUCAGCAGUGGUUCCAUGAAGCCUGCACGCAGUGUCUGCAGGACGCCAUGAUGUUCGGAGACAGGUUCUACCUCUUCCUGUGUAAUGGUCUCUCUCUUGCUCCAGGUUCUACCUCUUCCUGU